AUGACGAACCCUUCCCAACUCUUCCUACUCGCCGAUCAUAUCAAGCUGUCUUUAUUGGAGCGCCAACGGGCCAUCUCACUAGACCUUGAGCCCAAUUCUCAAGAUGGAGAGAUAUCGCGCUCCCUCGAUUCCCUCCGCGAGGGCAUCGAAGCCGUGGAAGCCGACCACACCCGUUUAACGGAGUCUCAAGAUAUUGCCGGCGCCGCCGCCAUCCAAGACCAACUUGUCCCCCUCCAAGCGCAAUUCCAGGAACUAUCCAUCCAGUUCUACGGUACCGGCCCCGAAGCAACGGAUCCUACGACGCAGGCGUCGAAGUCCGCCACCCCCGACCUCAAGCAGCCGGUUCCCCAACACCCUUCAUCCAAAUCCGUCCGAUUCAUGGACAACUCCGCCGCAGCGGCCGCGGUGCAAGACGAGAUCGACCAAGAAGAAGAUCGCGAUCGCAAUAAUCUGUUCCGUCCCUAUCGCGACCAGCCCUCGCCGUCCGGCCCUGACCAGUCUGGAAUGGAUAAUCAACAAAUUUACGACCAUCAUGCGCAGACCAUGCGCGAUCAAGACGAUCAGUUGGAUCGACUUGGUGAAUCGAUUGGCAGACAGCACCAGCUGAGCAUUCAGAUUGGCGAUGAGCUGGAGGGCCAUAUCCAACUGUUGGAUGGAAUGGACGGAGACGUCGAACGUCAUCAGACUCGACUCGACGGUGCCCGGCGGCGCAUUGAUCGCAUCCGUCGCAAGGCUGGGGAUAACUGGAGCAUGAUGACUAUCAUCGGUCUGAUUAUUACUCUGGUCAUUCUGAUUGUGAUUUUGAAAUAA